CCAACACAAACGAAAAUCUGAAAGCGGAGUAAUCACAAUUGAAGCCCACCAAAACUACUCGGUUUUAAAUUGAACAUAACAAAAGCAGAUGUAGUGUAGUUUAUUUCUCAUGUGUUUUUCAGCAGGCAGUGAUAAUUUCGCUGUAGUUAGCAUUCAUAAUUGAAUACCAUCUUUGAGCGUUUUUGGACUUGUGUUGCGAUAGAAAAACUUCAGCAAAACUAGAAAAUGGCAAAGUCCAAGAAUCACACCAGCCACAACCAGGCCCGCAAAGCUCACAGGAAUGGCAUCAAGAAGCCAAAGUCCCAAAGAUACGAGUCCUUGAAGGGUGUGGAUCCCAAAUUCUUGAAGAACAUGCGUUUCGCUAAGAAGCAUAACAAGAAAGGAAUGAAGAAAGUUAGGGCCAGAGAGAAUGCAGCGAAAUAAACUGGAAUACAUUCCUGAGAUGAAACAACCAGUGUGCCGUCUUCAACCCGUUGAUAUUCUUGUUGGACUGUGUAGCGUUAAUACCACCUGAAGCUAUUUUUCUAAUACAAUAAAACAGUGGGAUAUUGAA